AUGACACCCAACGCCUACAAGCAGGAGGCGGCCUUCCGGAAGGACCCCAUUCAGCCUUACAUCGAUGGCCGCACCAGAGAUCCGCUCUACAACCCUGUUGUCGAUGAUUGGGUUGAUUACAACAAUCCCCGCUGGAAGGCCUUGAAGCACACCUUCAACCGACCAGGCCCGUUCUUCAUCGGUAAGUGCGUUUCUACCAAGACCGCGAAGACGUCCAUGAUCGAGGUCCCCUACUGGGUUCGUUCGAUGAAGUACGGCAAGCACAUGGCUGUGCGACGGACGACACGCUUCAUGGCCCACGACGAGGACCAGAUCUGCGAGCCCGGCGACGUUGUAGAGAUCAGGCAGAGCAAGAAGUGGAGCAAGAGGAAGAAUACGGUGGUGACGCGCAUCUUGAAGAAGGACCCGGGUAACGCCUUCAUCGCGGAGCACCCCGAGUUCGCCAUCGUGCGCUCGCGAGCCGACCUCAGGAAGAGGAUCGAGCAGAUGCGCGAGGACGAGCUCGCCUCCGCGGGUCUCGACGUGGGCCAGGGCAAGAGGAAGACGGACUCCUCCGAGGGCUCCGAGUCAGGGCAGCAGCAUCAGCAGCAGUAA